AUGGAAAGCGACGACGAAGAACAGGUGUAUGCUGAGUAUCUGGAGCGAUCUCGUAACCUAAGUCGAUUCGAUGCUAUCGAACCUCCACCACAUAUAUGCGGCGGUAUCAUCCCCCUUCACAUAGCCAACGAAGUUCGCGGCGAUCUCAUUCCCCUCUGCGAGCUUGCGUUACACAAGUACAACACUGAACAGGGUACCGAUUUUGUGUUUCUUCACAUUCUCAAGUCAACCCAUCAAUAUGUUUCUGGUACUAAUUAUUUCAUCACCUUUCAAGCUAAAUCUCCAUAUACCCUCCUCUUUUACUGUUUGCUACACUUUUCUUAA